GCUUCAUUUCAAAUUUUGGCUUCGUCAUAUAGAAAAGAACAACAACUUCAAGGUUUGUUUCUUGAAAACUACAAACACGAUCUAGGCUAAGUGAUGGCAGAGAACCUGGACUCGGAGGCGCUGUUGAAUGCGUUCAGCCGUUUUGCAGUCUAUGGAGACACCAAGGCCAGCGGAAAGGAAAUGAACGGGAAGAACUGGUCCAAACUCUGCAAGGACUGCAAGAUCAUCGACGGCAAAAGCAUCACCGGAACUGACGUCGAUAUUGUCUUCUCCAAAGUCAAGCAAAAGUCAGCCCGUGUGAUCACCUUUAACGAGUUCCAGCAAGCUCUGCAGGAAUUGGCGAUUAAGAGGUUCAAGACCAAAGGCCGUGACGAGGCCAUCAUGGCCAUCUACAAGAUGGUAGAGGGCGGAGAGCCUACCCAGUUUGGAGUCACGAAAACCGUAAAGGCCGGCGGAGUAGACCGUCUGACGGACACGUCUUUGUACACCGGGUCGCACAAGGAGCGCUUUGACGAGAGCGGGCAAGGACGAGGACGCGAAGGACGAGAGGACGUUGUCAACAACACGGGUUGCUCCUCUAAAAAUGAAGGAUCGUACGAUAAGAAAAUGAAGAACGAAAAAUGAAUCCAACACACAAACAGGAAGUGUAAGCAGCCUUCAACUUUGACCCUUACAUCUCAAUGUGUGUUACUUUGUGUCAGGUGACUGAAAGAAAAUAAAGACUUCUUGUCUCGACUUAACAUGCGUGUGAGUAAUUGACAAUAUUUUGAGACAUGGUUUUGCCAUGAGAACAAAAAAAUAGCAGCACUACUUCUGAGAGUCUUAAAAACUCAUCGAGAAUUCAACUGAGUUCUUAGAAAUCAAAUUUUAUUCCACGAUAUAUAACUUUUGCUCUUCCGAGUACAAACAUUCGAUAUAAGAUAUUUAAAAAAAUAUAUUUUAAA